GUUCAGAUGCGAUGAGUUAUAACGCAGCGAAUGAAUGCCAACCGUCGCGCCGCACCGACGGCCACAGCGCGCCGAUCAAGCUAUGAUGCUCUGCUGCAGCUAGCUUUGAUAGCUUGGGCAGCAAGAGCAGCGGCUCGGCUCGGGCUAGCACACGUCCUGCCCUCGCAUGCCUACGUUGGACACAAGAUUCAUCUCGACGAAACAGGAGAACCCGCACCCAAAAAUCACUGCAGCGCCGAGACUCAGUAAAAACAGGCCAAAACAGCUGCCCAAUAAGCUCCGGGCAGCGCCAGGGAGCGCCUCGAACGAACGACCGAACCGCGGCAAGCAGCGCGCGCCAGAAGGAUGGCGACUGGAAUGCUCACCGAGUCCCAGCUCAAGGAGAAGCUCGCCACGCCGCGGAGCCCGCCGCCCAUCCCCCAGGAGCCCUUCACGCUCACCAAACCUUUCAUCGACACGCCGUUCCCCUACCCGGACUGCGCCCGUCCAUUAACGAAGAAGACGCCGAACGGGUUUGGCGUCAGCACCUCGCAGAUCUCGACGUCGCACCUGGGCAUCCGCGCCAAGCCGGUGAACCCGCACACGCGCGCCUUCGACGAGGCGGCGGCGAAGCAGCACGCCACGGAGAUCCACUAUCCGUCGCUGCGAUCGUGCCACCUGCAAGCGAACUAUCCCUCGACGAUCGUCAAGCUCGACCCGUCGUAUCCCAAGACGCAAUGUCCCGACCCCUUCCUGCAGAAGCAGAAGCCUCCCUUCUCUCCCGAGUCGUUCGAGCGCACGCGGCCAGCAGAAGCGGCCACGAGGAACGACGCCUACGCGGCGUCGUACAACGCGCGCGGCCGGAACGCGUCGAAGCAGCACGAGUGCCACAUCUCCUGGGAGACGCGGCCAGUCUUUCAUGAAGCCCCAAAACCGUCGCCCGCGCCCUGGGCCGGGCCGCUCGCGCCGACGCGGCCCGAGCCGAAGCAACGGCCCGCGCCGUACGCGUACGACGACGGCUAUUAAAUAUAACGUAUUUUGAAUAGG